AUGUACGCGUGGAGGUUCUGGCUGAAGAUGCUGUCCUCCAUCCUGGCGACCACGCUCGCAGCACUUUCACUUCUUAGUGUACCCACGGCAUACGCAGCAGACACAAACAGUAGCUCGAUUCCCGCCGCGGUCUUCUCGUACACACCACCCCACAACGAAUACAGCGACACCCAAUUCGUCUUCGCCCUGAAUGUCGAUCAAGACAAGCAAGACGUCUACUUCCACAUGUCUGCCCCGUCAGGAAAUGACUGGAUGGCUGUAGGAUUUGGGCAUCAGAUGGCAGGAAGCCUCAUGUUCGUGGCCUAUGCUAGUCAAAAUGGAACGGGCAUGACUCUCAGCCCAAGGGUAGCUACAGGACACAGCGAGCCGAGUUAUUACGACAAUAUCAAGUGCACAAUGGUCUAUGCCGACGACCUGCCAAACAGCAACAUCGUCUCGAGUGGGAACAAUUCUACUAUGACUGUGAACGCUAUGUGUAGCAACGCAACGAAAUGGCUUGAAGGCAGCCUCGAUUUCACCAACAAGGCUCAGCCAUUCGUCUUCGCCGUGGGACCUGGCUCACCUGGUGGCUCAAACCUGCAAUCCAACUCUAUGACUGCUGGACUACGCAGGCACGAAGCUUAUGGUACCUUUACCAUGGACAUGACGAAAGCUGUAUCCUCCACAGACGUCGGUGUGCCUCGUCCGAACAGCUCAGGAUCGUCUUAUACUCAGACGGACGCUACUUUUCAAACCGCAAAAGCAGACAACGACCCAGCACCCGCCAUCCAUGCGCUGAUCAUGUGCGUCAUGUUCGUCAUCGUCUUCCCUCUAGGAGCUCUCAUCCUCCGCGUCUUCAACCGCGUCUUUCUCCACGCCUGGGUCCAAGGUCUCGGGUUCGUCCUAGUGACGAUGGCCUCUGCCGGCGGAAUCGUGAUCAGCAUGCAGUAUAAUCGCAGCAAGCAUUUCGCCUCUGCCCAUCAGAUCAUCGGGAUCCUGCUUUUCCUCGCUCUGCUGUCACAACUCGGACUAGGGAUAAUACACCACCGUAUCUACAAGAAACAGCAAAGACCAACCAUCAUGGGCAAGAUCCACAAGUACUUAGGACCCGGCAUCAUCCUUUUCGGCGUGAUCAACGCACCCCUUGGAUUCGUCUUCGCAGGAAACCCACAUCUCUGCCUACCCUAUAUCGUCAUCGUCAUCCUCAUGGCCAUCAUUUACCUUACCGUCCGCUUCGGCUCACGAAUCUGCUGUCGUGGUCGCAGACAGAAGCAACAGCAAAGCAACAUGGGACCCGCGGGCGCGAUGCCUUCGGGACAGGAUGGAUACGUCCAGCCGCAGUUUGGAGGGCCGGCGCAAGGAGCGGCUUAUAUGCAGGCGCCUCCGGCUUAUGGGAGAAUGCCUAGUUAUGGGUCUGAGGAUGUGCCGUUGAGGCCUUAUCAGAGCCAGUCGAGUGGGAUUGGAGCGCCGCCGGCUUAUCCUAGGCCGAUGGUGUAA